GUUAUACUUGUCGAAGAAGAUCUUUUUGGUUAUGUUAUCUUCAGUAGAUCAUUAUUUUAUUUUCUGACACAUCCGUUUCUCUUUUUAAGCGUACAAUUCUUGUGCAUGUCCCACAAGAAAAAGAUUAAUUUAAUUCUAACUUGAAAAUGUUAAAUCACGCGUAUUAAUUAUUUGGCUAGCAUCUAAUUACUAUUACGAAACUUGUAUAGUUUGUUAAACCAAAUGGAAUUCGAAUGGGUGCUCCACGAGGAAGUUCAUUCUUCGCUAUCACAACUGAGAAAUAUUUUAAUGGAAUGCGCACAAAGAUUUCCAUUAGCCUUAUUUGGUAAUGAUCAACACAAUAAAACAGAUAGAUUUAUAUUUGCUGCUCCACAUGAUCAAGUGAAAUGUAUAGCUGUUUUAACUGGUGAUAGCAUUACAAAUGCUGAUGUAAACUUUAAAGUUCAAAGACAACAAAAUAUUAAUAUGAAGACAAGUAUCCAAAAUGAGCAUCCUUGGAAAUUACAGCAAAUACAGGAUGCUGCUAAUCACUUACAGCAAGCCAUUGCUCAUAUAGACAAUGUUGAUCACCACUACCCUUUUAAAACAUCCGAUGAAGUUAUGCACAUUUUAGGAAACAUACUAGGCUGUCUUCAACGUAGUAGAACAAGUUUAAUUGUUCCCAGAAAGAAAACCAUUGAUGAUCUUAUUAAGAGCCGUAAUAUGAAGUCUUUGAAUCCAAAUCUUCCUGAAAAUUUGGCUAUUAGUUUUUAUAUUCAGAGUUACAAACUGGUGCUGGCGGUGUAUCAACUAGAAAAUGCACACGGCAGCGUUAAAUACGAGACUCAACAAGCGGAAUGCAGUGUACCCUGGUUAAACGACGCUCUAGUAUUGCUGACCAUAGCGCUACAGCUUUGCCAGCGGUUAAAAGACAAGAUCUGUGUUUUCUCUCAAUAUAAAGAUUUUACGGUGAACUCUCACGUUCCAUCUGCAGUGGGUUGGUAAUAAAAGUAUAUUUAAAAAGCUACACAGCUCUGUGUAAAUGUGUGCCACAGUAUGCCACGGUGAAUGCUCUGGUAGCAUUUUCGGUGAAUGUUGCUUUAACAAAUCAAAUUUAACCCUCGGUAUGUAGAGAUAUCUAUAGUAUUUUAGAGAAUUCUUUAAAUUAUGUAUAUACACUUUAUUUAGUAUCUCGAAUGUCGAGGUAAAAUUUUGCCUAGAAUAAAUAAUUCUUGUACAAUGGUACAAGUUCUAAGACUUCAUUGUCGUUUAAUAUAAAUGCAGUAAUUCUAAAAGAAUUUUGCCAAUAAUAAUUGUGUUUACAACUAUGUUGUAUUAUAUGCGUUCGAUAAUACUUUUUUUUUUAGUUUUAUUCGAAGAUCUUUAAUCUAGCAAGAUUAGUCGUAAAUCGUUACUGAAUCGUCGAGUUGAAUAGUAAAGUAAUAUAUUUACUAUAUUUCUGUGAUCAUUCGGAAUGUUACAGCAAUGCUUUCCUUACUAGGUUUUAACAUCUUGUUUCUAGAGUAAUGUAUGUGAGAUUUGAAGUCUUUAUUUAUAAUUGUCUUGUAUAAUCAAUUUUUAAUCAUCUCAAUCGAUUAUUUAUUUUAAUCACCAAAGAAAAUAAUAUUUCAUAAGCGUCGAUCCUUAUUGUCAUGGUAUGACGUUCCUUUCAUUAUACUGUAUCUACAUUUACACACAGAUGAACUCGAUUAUCUUAUUAUUAAUUAGACGUACUAUGCGAACUAUAGACCAGACAUUAAUGUAAUUGUUGUUGAUCAAUGUUAUCGAUAUUUAUGAAGAUACGGCUCAGAGUUAGUAAUUUAUAGGAAUUUAAAUGCAAUUGUAUUAAAUAUGUAGGAUUACCUUAAAAUAACACUAGAAUCGUGCGAUUCGGAUGGAAGGUAUUUACGUUUUUUUUUUGUAAAAAAAUAAAACUAUAUUUCAAUGUCAUGUAGUUUGCAGACUCCUGGUUUAGAGUAUUUCUCUUGAGUUUUUAAGAUUGUAUCGUGUACUUAUAAAUUACGUUUUACCGACACCAUUAUACAAAUUACAUGUUAUUUAUGAUUACUUGUUAUUUUAAAUACCUUGAGUGUAAUACAAGGUGGUACUUAAGUGGUUAUUAUUACGAUAGUUUGAUGAAAUGCACCGCUUAUUCUGUUCAUUUUGUGUUCUUUAAUAAAAAUAGAAUUAACUG